AAACUCCUGACCUCUGGCUCCACAUCCCUCUUUUCACAUUGACUGGUUUGAGGAGCCUUAACAUUUACGUAUUUCAGCAUGCAUCAGAAGGCUGACUGGAUGUUUUGGCUCUUCCACACAUUCCCCAUCAAGAAAUGAUUACAUUUUCAUUGGAAGGGGGAAUGCGGCAUUUUAGGUGAUGAUUCUUGUGCCACCUUCAGGAUGAACAGUUUUUAUUUGGGACAAGCUCUCAUGGACUGCAGUCCCCUUACAUGAGACAGGGAACUGGGCAGUUUAUGGCACAUAAAAGUAGAUAGAUUUCAGGAGCCCCACAAGACCUCCAUGCUUUGCAUGCUUUCACUCAUGGAUGAUUCUUCUCCCUAGAUUCAUGAGUGAACCGGUUUUCUAGACGAGGUGGAUGGAAGACUGAUCCUCUCCAGACAUGAUAAGGAUUGCAGCAUUGAAUGCCAGCUCCACUGUUGAAGACGACCAUGAGGGGACCUUUAAAAGUCACAAAACCCAGACAAAGGAGGCUCAAGAAGCCGAAGCAUUUGCCCUGUACCAUAAAGCGCUGGACCUUCAGAAGCACGACCAGUUUGAAGACUCUGCCAGAGCUUACCAUGAACUUCUGGAGACUCGCCUCUUGCGAGAGGCCGUUCCGUCUGGUGAUGAGAGAGAAGGGCUGAAGCAUCCUGGCUUGAUGCUGAAGUAUUCUACUUACAAAAACCUGGCCCAGCUGGCUGCACAGCGUGAUAGUUUUGAGACCGCCAUGGAGUUCUACUUGGAGGCUGUGAUGCUGGACUCCACGGAUGUCAACCUGUGGUACAAGAUUGGCCGUGCGGCGCUCCAGCUGACGCGCCUGCCCCUGGCCCGCCAUGCCUUUGAGGAAGGGCUCACAUGUAAUCCGGAUCAUUGGCCGUGCUUGGACAACCUCAUCAUGGUCCUCUACACGCUCAGUGACUACACAACUUGCUUGUAUUACAUCUGCAAAGCCCUGGAGCGGGACUGCCAGUACAGCAGAGGACUGGUGCUCAAGGAGAAGAUUUUUGAGGAGCAGCCAUGCCUCCGGAAGGACUCCCUCCAGAUGUUCCUGAAAGGUGACAUGUCAAUCCACGAGGUCAGCGUGAGUGCGGCUGAAACACGAGCCAUCCUGGAGGAAGUGCAGGAGCUGCGCAGGAAGAGGCGGGCUCUGCUGGUGCGGAAAAGCGAGCCGGACCUGAAACUUACCCAGCCCAUUUCGGUUUUCACGUGGCGGUGUCUUGGGGAGAGCCUGCUGGCCACUUACCAGCAUCUGACCACCUGUGAGCCGCCACGGCCCAGCCUCGGCAAGAGGGUGGACCUGUUGGAGUACCGAGACCUGGAGCAGCACUCAGAAGCCCUGACGACGCCCGCUGCUCCCUUCAGCGUCAUCCAGCCCACUGUGGUCGUCAGCACCACCACCACCACCACCACCAGCCCUCUGGUGUCUGUGGCGGAGCCGCUGCUCGCGUACACCCCAGUGACCCCCACCUUUCCCAGUCCGAAUAUGCUGGAAUCCAUCAGUGCUGCAGGUGAUGGCUCUGUGGGGGACAAGUCCAAGAAAGGGGUGAAGCGGAAAAGGGUCGCUGAAGAGAGCGGCGAGACGGCCAAGAGGCGCUCGGCCCGUGUGCGGAACACCAAGAGCAAGAAGGAGGAGAAGGUGGACUUCCAGGAGCUCCUGGUCAAGUUCCUCCCUUCACGCCUGAGGAAGCUGGAUCCGGAGGACGACGACGGCCUUUUCAGCAGCUGCGAGGUCCCGUCUGAGGCCAAGGAGGAGAAUGCCCACUCCAGUGGCUCUUGCCGAAUGUCGGUCGACCAGUCUGCCUUCAUGGAAUCAGAAAAACAGGAUGUCCACACUUUUCUCCUGGCUAACCUGAGCAACGGAGGCAUCCUGGAACUGAUGAUGAGGUACCUGAAAGUGAUCAGCCAGAAGUUCCUCGUGAAGUGGCCUCCGGGCUUGUCCGAGGUGGUCUUGAGCGUCUACAACAGCUGGAGGAAGCACACCAGCAGCCUCCCCAACCCGCUCCUGAGGGACUGUCACAACCAGCAUAUCAGAGAGAUGAUGCUGAUGAGCCUGUCCUGCAUGGAGUUGCAGCUGGACCAGUGGCUCCUGGCUAAAGGGAAGAGCUCCCUGGUGUCUCCCCGGAGUGGCCACGCAGCCAACGUGGUGAACGGCAAGUUUGGCCCAGAUUUCCCAGGCACCCACUUCCUGGGGGACCUGCUGCAGCUCUCCUUUGCCUCUUCUCAGCAAGACCUCUUUGAGGAGGGCUGGCUGGAGUUUGUGGUUCGUGUGUAUUGGCUGAAAGCUCGCUUCCUGGCCCUACAGGGAGACAUGGAGCAGGCCUUGGACAACUACGAAGUCUGCACAGAGAGGCUGCAGAGUUCGGCUGCGAGGCAGAGCACGGCCAGGGCCAGCGAAGAAGAGGGCGUUGUCAUCAGGUUGCCAAAUCUCCACGUGGACUCGGUGGUUUCCUUGGAGGAGAUCGACAAGAACCUCAAGUCCCUGGAGCGGUGCCAAUCACUGGAGGAGAUUCAGCGCUUAUACGAGGCAGGGAAUUACGCGGCUGUGGUGCACCUGCUUCGCCCGACGCUGUCCUUCAGCGGCUAUGGCCAGACGAAACACUUGGAGUUUGUCAUCUCCAUCCCCGAGAGGCCCACGCAGCUCCUCCUGCUCCAGGACUCCCUGCUCAGGCUGAAAGACUACAGGCAGUGUUUUGAAUGCUCUGAGGUUGCCCUGAACGAGGCCUUUCAGCAGAUGAUUAACCUGACCGAGUCUUCGGCCAAGGAGGAGUGGGUGGCCACUGUCACACAGCUGCUCCGCGGGAUCGAUGGCUCCCUUUCGUCCCAAGGCAGCAGCAUCCUCGGCGAAACCUCCGUCUUGCAGAGCCUCGUCCGCCUAACCAGCAACCUCAUCCAGAUCAUCGACUGCAGCAUGGCUGUGCAGGAGGAUCCCAAAGAGCCUUCGGUGUCUUCCGUCCUUCCCUGGAUUAUUCUCCACCGGAUCAUUCAGCACGAAGAGGACAAUUUCCGGUCCCUGCAGGAGGAGCAGCAGCUGCAACAUCCAAGCGAGGAAGCGGCUCAGAACCUGGACACGCCGAUGCUUCCCUCCUCCCUGAUGCUGCUGAACACGGCGCACGAGUACCUGGGGAGGCGGUCGUGGUGCUGCAACUCGGACGGAGCCCUCCUGAAAUUUUAUGUGCGGGUGCUGCAGAAGGAGCUUCUGGCCUCCACCUCCGAGGACACCCACCCCUACAAGGAGGAGCUGGAGACGGCGCUGGAGCAGUGCUUUUAUUGCCUGUAUGGCUACCCCAGCAAAAAGAGCAAAGCCCGGUACCUGGAGGAGCACUCCACCCAGCAGGUGGAGCUGGCGUGGGAAGAUGCCUUGUUCAUGUUCGAGUAUUUCAAGCCCAAGACCCUUCCCGAAUUUGACAGCUACAAGACGAGCACCGUCUCGGCCGACCUGGCCAACCUGCUGAAGAAGAUGGCCACCAUCGUCCCCCGGACCGAAAAGCCCAUGCUCCGGCUCGAAGAGGUCUCCGGCUACAUCGAGGGCACGCUGGGCAAGGUGCCAGCACUCCCAGAGGGGGCCGAUUCUUGUCCACCUGUCCUGACGGAGCUCUACUACCUCCUGGCCGACUACCACUUCAAGAACAAGGAGCAGUCCAAGGCCAUCAAGUUCUACAUGCAUGACAUUUGCAUCUGCCCUAACAGAUUUGAUUCCUGGGCCGGCAUGGCGCUUGCCCGGGCCAGCCGGAUUCAAGACAAGCUGAACUCGAAUGAGCUGAAGAGCGACGGCCUCAUCUGGAAGCACGCCACCCCAGUGCUGAACUGCUUCAAGAGAGCCCUGGAGAUCGACCGCUCCAACCUCUCCCUCUGGAUCGAGUACGGCACCAUGUCCUUCGCCCUGCACUCCUUCGCCUCCAGGCAGCUGAAGCAGUGGCGGUCGGAGCUGCCCCCGGAGGUGGUGCAGCAGAUGGAGGAGCGGCGCAACGGCAUGCUGGAGACGGCCAAGCACUGCUUCACCUCCGCCUCUCACUGCGAAGGCGACGGCGACGAGGAGGACUGGCUGAUCCACUACAUGCUGGGGAAGAUUGCGGAGAAGCAGAAGCAGGCGCCCGAGGUCUACCUCCUCCACUACAAGCAGGCGGCUCACUUCCUGCACGAGGAGGCCGCCCGCUAUCCCAAAAAGAUCCACUACCACAACCCACCGGAACUGGCCAUGGAGGCCUUGGAGGUGUAUUUCCGGCUCCAUGCCUCCAUCCUGAAGCUGGUGGGGCUGCCUGACUCAGGGGUGGACGCGGAGCUGCUGGUCGCGUUCAUGAAGGAAGCGGCAGAGGGGCCCUUUGCCAGGGGUGAGGAAAAGAACACCCCCAAGAUCCCUGAAAAGGAAAAACUUUGCAUGGCGGAUGACGACUCGCACUCUUCGGCAGGAACAGGCCCGGGACCGGGGGCCUCCCUCCCCUCCUCCUCCUCGGGUCCAGGUCUGACUUCCCCACCCUACGCAGCCACUCCGGUGGACCACGAUUACGUCAAAUGUAAAAAAAGCCACCAGCAGGCCACGCCGGAUGACAGGAGCCAGGACAGCACAGCGGUGGUGCUCUCGGAUUCCAACUCAACCCAGGAUGUCUUCAAUGAGCUUGCCAGCUCUCAGGAGAGCACAAAGAAGCUGUUCCCGGAAAGGAGGACCGAUCCUGCGUGCCUGGAAGCUGCCGCCACGGCCGCCGGGGCCCAAGGCAAGGAGGCCUCAGGAGCUGCAGAGGAACGGAGGGGGAACUCGGCGGAAAACUCUGAACCCUGCCCGGCAGCCGAGCCGAAGCCCGAGGCCUCCGCCGGAGCCCCGAAAGGCCCUGCUCCCCCGUGGGAGGCCAAAAGGCGAGCAGAGCCCUGUGCCCAGCCCUUUCCUCUGGGCCUGCCGACCGAUCUGGAGGAACAGCGCCGCUUCCUGACGGAGCAGUGCAUCGCCGCUUUCCACCUCUGCCUCAGCCGCUUCCCCCAGCACUACAAGAGCCUCUACCGGCUGGCCUACCUCUACUCCUACAGCCCCACGCACAAGCAUCUUCCGUGGGCCCGCGACGUGUUGCUAGGCAGCGGCAGCAUCCCCUGGCAGCAGCUGAAGCACAUGCCGGCGCAGGGGCUCUUCUGCGAGCGCAACAAGACCAAUUUCUUCAACGGAAUCUGGCGCAUCCCCGUGGAUGAAAUCGACCGCCCGGGGAGCUUUGCCUCACACAUGAACCGCUCCAUCGUCCUCCUGCUGAACGUCCUCUCGCAGCUCAAGGAUUACCACACUCUGCUGAAAGUCUCUUCUAUGCUGCAGAGGACCCCCGACCAGGGAAAGAAGUAUUUGCGAGAUGCCGACCGCCAGGUUCUGGCCCAGCGCGCCUUUGUCCUCACCGUGCUGGUGCUGGAGGGCAUGCUGAGUGAGCUGACAGAGGCCUCUGAAGACCAGGAUCCCACCCGCAGCAGCCUUUUGGGAACCAGGAUGACGACGGAUGCCUCUCAUCAAGCCAGCGCAGAAGAGGGACAGGACACCCUCCCCAAGAAGACCUUGUUGCCGGAGGCAGGGAUGGGCUACGGGGUGGAGACUCUGGCCAAGGAGGGGCCCCAGGGGGCGCUUCCUUCCCCCAUGGAUACGGCCGAGCAGCGGCCAGAGGCCAAGCCUGGCCCAGAGACCAAGGAGGGUGCCCGGGCAGGCUCCUCAGAGCCCAUGGAUAUGGGCGAGUGCUCUGAGGGGCUUCAGAAAACCGACUCUUCCUCCUUUGGGGGCCCGGAGGUGGCCAGAGGACUGCCCGGCAGACUCCCCAAGGACCGAGUCCCUGAGAGCCGCUCGACGGAGCUUUCUCUGGAGGAGCUGAGCAUCACUGUGAAGGUCUGGCUCCAGGCAUCUCCCACAACGGAGGAGAUCAGCCAGAGGCCGAACCGGAAAAGGAAGCUGCUGCAGGACACGGAGUCCGGCAAGACCCUGCUUCUGGAUGCCUACCGAGUCUGGCAGCAGGGUCAGAAGGUCAUGACCUACGACCUGGGCAAGAUUGAGAAGAUAAUGUCCCAGACCUAUAUGCUCAUAAAGCAGGUGGACGAGGAGGCGGCGCUGGAGCAGGCGGUCAAAUUCUGCCAGGUCCACAUCGGGGCCUCUGCACAGAAACAGUCCACAGGAGAGACCCCGACCACUCCAAAGCACCCACGGGACAGCAAAGAAAGCUUCUUCGCAACAGCUCCUGCCACCUCUCUGACCCCUCCGGCUGGGGCUGCCGACCCCCUGGCUUCUGAGCCCCUUCUGCGGCUGAGCGAACCACAGACCAGACCCAAGUUGGCCUUGCUCCCUUCCCCUUCCUUUGCCGGUGGCCCUCUUCUGCCCCCGCAGGAACCACAGGUGGGGCUGGAGAGCACAAGCGAGGGGCCCAACACCGUCACCCUUGGACAGGAGGAGGAGGAGGUGGUGGUGGCGGCGGCGGCCGAGGGAGAGGAGGCAGGCAGGCUGGAGCAGCCCCUGGAAGGACUCUGCUUGCGGCGGGAAGAGCUGUGUCCCGGCCAGCCACAGAAGGGGGCGGCCACGGCGGAGGCCCCUUCGGCCAGCCUGGCCCUCUGGCAGGUGGAGGGGGAGUCAGCGACCAGCACAGGUCCGGCAGGAUGCCCCUGCGGGCAAGCCUCCAGUUCUGGAACUGAGCCUCGCGCCGACUCGCAGCCUCACGGGGGCCAGUCCAGCAAGGCUGACGGCAGCCGCGCCAAGUCCCGCGUGUUGCCCGCCAUGCCGAAGCUUCUCAUCCCCUCGGUCACCAAAUUCCCCCCCGAGAUCACCGUCACCCCACCAACGCCCACCCUUCUCUCCCCCAAGGGCAGCAUUUCAGAGGAGACCAAGCAGAAGCUGAAGUCGGCCAUUCUGUCCGCUCAGUCUGCCGCAAAUGUGAAAAAGGAGAACCUCUGCCAGCCGGCCCUGGAGAUUGUCGAGACCUCAAGCCAGGAGUCCUCGCUGGAGAGCGACACGGAUGAGGAAGAAGACGAUGACUACAUGGAUGUCUGAGACCACCCCGGUCGCGGCUGCCCUAGGCUCUCCCCCCUCCCCUCAGCCACCUAUCCUUGGAGAGGCAAGGCUGGCCUGCCAGCGUCCCUCCCUCACCAGCACAGCCUCUGUCCCUUGCUUGCUCUUACUUCGGCCACUGCCAGCGUUGCCUGGAACUUGCUUGGUGCCGUCCGCGCCAGCCUCUCGCCCAGCUGCCUUGGCCUCUCUCGUGGACUUUGGGGCAACAGCCUCUCUCUCUCCGCAGCCCCUCCUCUCUGGGAAGCCGGCGGUGGGGGGGGGGAAGCAGGCAGGCGAAGUGGAGAGGCUGGCCCCGCAAGACAGGCCUUGCCUCCCCUCCCACAGGACUCUCCCGGGAGGAGGGUGGCACUCAAAGGCCAGGCGGAAGAGGCGCCAAGCUGCCCCACCCCUCGGGCCAGUUCUGGUGUUUUUGGGCAAGCGGUGUAGGCUGGAAGGCUGCCGAAGACCUUUGGUUGUGGUGAGAAAAGCCAUUAAUGGGUCUCAGUACCAUUUUGGUACAGUCUGCUUUUUUGUUUUGUUUUUUUACAGUAGGACACACCAGAAAGGUUUAUGAUUGUUUUUCUAGGUAUCCAUGAAGGGAUUUGCCACAUUUAUAGGGGGAGAAUAAAGGAAACUAUGCUUUUUCUACUGUACCUUACAUUUGUAAUACCAUGAAAGCUACCCUGCACAGCAGGCGGGUGUGUCAUGCACAACAGCCCUUGGGCAGAGCUUGCGGGGAGGGGCCUUCAUGAAGGAUGCUAUGCAGAGCUUUGUGUAAAUAGAUGUGUCUUUUUCUAAUAAAGUGGACAUGCGCUCU